UGUUACUUUAAAGGCGGUUUACCCUUUAAGCACUGAUAUAGCAGUUUGAAGUGAGUCUCGAGUGUGGUGUUUGGAAACAGUCAAAGAGAGUUUACAGUUUGUUGUUUUCUGGUUACUUAUUUCGGGUGAGGGAAGUAGAAGCAGUAAAGCAUAAAUAUGAGCACCAGCAAAACGACCACAAAGCUCCAAUCAGCCAGAUUAGAGCGAGAAGACAGUGAUAAAGAAUGCGAACUCCAAAAGUGGCAGGCGGAGACAAGAAGCAAAGAGCAGAAAGCUGCCCACUGAUGAGCCAUGAAGCUGAAGGAAAAAGAAACAAUUGCCCUCCAAUGAGCCCUAGAAGCUGAGAAGCAAAAAGAAGAGAGAGAAGCUGCUGCCCAUAAAUGAACCAUGGAGUGCAAAGAGAAAGAGGCCCUAGAAGAGGAAAACGAGAGGAGGUAUAAUCUGGACAUGAUGGAAAAACAUGGACUGAUCCCAGCAUCACCAGUCUCUCCGUCCAAUCAAGGAACCCUCAGCUUGGACAAGUUGUGUCCUGCAUGCAAGGGAACAGACUGCACUGAAGAAUACUUUACCACUUGUGAGGUGAAGAACAUGGAGAAGCUGCAGUUUUGGCUCCUUGUCAUCGCUGGCUUCUCAGGAGCCGUCGCCCAGACAGAUCUACACGGCAAAGUGUUCGUGUUCCCUACGGCGACUGCAACUGCCCACGUCAUCCUGAAACCGAGGCUGGACAAGCCGCUGCAGAACCUCAGUGUGUGUCUGAGAUUCGGGUGCGACCUGACCCGGGCCUACAGCCUCUUCUCCUACGCCACCAAGGCCAAGGACAACGACUUCCUCCUCUUCAAACCCAAGCCCGGGGAGCUCAAUCUGUAUGUCGGAGGCGAACUGGUCACCUUCAAAGUCCCAGAAGGAAGAGACACAAGCACUGGGUGGGUGCAUGUCUGUGCCAGCUGGGAGUCCGCCACCGGCAUAGCCGAGCUCUGGGUGAACGGGAACCCCUUACCCAGGAAGGGGCUGAAGAAAGGCUACUCUGUCAGCAACCAGGGUGUGCUUGUCCUGGGGCAGGAGCAGGACACCCCGGGGGGUAACUUCGACAUAAAUCAGUCGUUUGUCGGGGAAAUCACAGAUGUGUACAUGUGGGACACUCUGCUCUCCCCGGAUGAAGUUAACCUUGCCAUGAACAAUGGGGUCCUGCCUCACCUCAUCCUUGACUGGAGAACCCUGAGCUACGAGACCAAAGAUUAUGUUGUCAUCAAACCCAGCCUGCUCCCGGUGUACUGAAGGCCCAGUGCAGCUUGGCUAGUGGGGCCGGAAAACGGGUGGGGGCGCAAAGCAAGGGAAUUGUCUGUAUCAUUGUGGUAAUGUAAUAGACCUGUUCAGCCUGCGAAGGGAAAGAGACAGGUGCGCUCCGGAGAUCUGCACAUGGGCCUGGGACCAGGGAGCUCCUCAUGUCUAUCUCCAGCUCUGACUCCAACUCCCACUGGGACCUUGGGGAAUCACAUGGGCCAGAUUUGCAAGGGUGCUCACCCUGUAACAGGGCCAGCCACCUCCAAGCAGCCCCUAGUGGCCAGGGGUGGAUCUGCAGUGCCCUGUCUCAGUUUCCCCUCUUGGACUCUAAAUAGCUCCUCGAAAGCCUUUCAUGAGGCCAAUUACAAACAGCCCUUUUUAGGGUCUUGUUUAUGGUCAUAAAAUGCCAAAGGAUUCAAAGAGCCCCCCCGCCCAGCUUAGCCUAUGAGCAGACCUCUCUACCUGCCUUGUCCAGCGCCCCAGCGCUCCAAGGGGUCUGCAGGCAAAGCCAGACACA